UGUGAGGCUGUGACUCCGCUCUCCGCUCCUCCCGCUCCCAGAUCACGCCGCCGCACACGUCUCCGCCGCCGGACGGGUCAGGCGGCCAUCACCGCUGCGGAGGCCGCCGCCACUGCUGGGAAAGCUUAAGUGCCAGCAGCCAUGUCCAUCAGAUCUCUCAUCGCUGCAUCCAGGUCCAGACAUGCCCUCGCCGCUGCCACCAUCUCUCAGGCGACUUUCAGGGCGCACCAGCAUGCCUGCGUGCCUCCUCUGCUCUCGGGGCUUGGACCACUCGCACGGGCCUUCAGCUCAAGCGCUGCAGUAGCAGGUGUCGGUUCAGGUGUCCCUGUCAUGGAAGGGCAGAUUUGGCCAAAUGUCUGCUCCAAUGGGUAUUCUACUCUUUUGGCUCCAGCAAAUGAAGCGCUGAUUCCACCGGAACUUCUAUCUAGCAAGACUGUCUGGACACCAGACCGAGAGCUUGGGCAGUAUGAGGACUUAGUAGCUAGAGUAACAAACUUCCAUAAUGAAGACAACGGAUUCAUGGUUUUGGAUGGUGAUGUUUUUGACGUUCCAAUUAGGAAGGAUAUUGUUCACAGGGUAGUAAGGUGGCAGCUUGCUAAAAGGCAACAGGGGACACACUCAACCAAAACUAUCAGUGAAGUGAGCGGCACAGGAAGAAAGCCUUAUAAGCAAAAAGGAACUGGAAGAGCACGUCAUGGAACAUUGCGUGGUUGUCAGUUUCGAGGAGGUGCAACUAUGCAUGGCCCGAAACCACGAAGCCAUGCAUUCAAGUUGCAGAAGAAAGUACGACGUCUGGGACUUAAGAUAGCCUUGUCUGCUAGAACUGCUGAGAGGAAGCUCUGCAUCUUUGAGGACCUAGAAGUCCCCAGCCACAAGACGAAAAACAUCGUGCAGCAUAUCAAGCAGAUGGACGAUACGAAGAAGGUUUUGUUGGUGGAUGGAGGCGACAUCGAUAAGAAGUUAAAGCUGGCUACUCAAAAUCUUCACUACGUUAAUGUCAUUCCGUCGAUUGGCCUCAAUGUCUACAGCAUCCUGCAGCAUGACACCCUCAUAAUGACUCGGGACGCAAUCAACAGAAUUGUUGAGCGGAUGCACACCCCCAUCAGCCGCUAGCAAGCAGGGCCUGAAAGAACCUAGCCAUACAUACUGCACCUUUUAUCCGAUUUUGGUACAGCCGUUCAUGUGUUGGCCAAAGUGCAGCCCAACCCUCUAAUUAUCUGUUGUAUGGAAGUCGUAGAACAAACUGUCAGUAUGUGGAGCGCUUCCGGGCUUCAAAGUUCGAACCACAGUGUUUUGUUCAAACUCCAUGUCCAUCAGGCUUCCGGGCUUCAAAGUUCAAACCCCAGUGUUUUGUUCAAACUCCCAUGUCCAUCAGCAGCUGUCUGCUUUUCCUACGCCCGUUCAUAAAAAUUUACAGGCUAAGGCAUCGUUCUUUA